AACAAGAAAAGAAGCACAAAGGACACAACUCACAAGGGUUUGCACAGAGCACAAAAGCAGUGAUUAUGCGCAAAUAAUCACACAAAAUUUUUUGUAAAAGGGAGUUUUUUUUUGUUUUGGCGUCACAAAUGUUCAUGUUCAUCCCAAAAUAAAAGAGACACCUCAUUCAUAACGCUUAUUUCAUCACCCCUUUUGUUAGUAUAGGAUUUUCUAGAUACCCACAUCACAAAUCACACUCAAUUUUGCAACCCAUUUUAUUAUUUAUGUUUAUCAGCAUUUGGGUUGUGAUAUAUACAUAUAAAAUAUAGUUUCUUAGGGUUUUGAUGCUUGAUUUUGAGAAAAACGAAAAGGGUUAUUGAGAAAAAAGAAGAUGUCUUCUUGUUCAGGUUUAGAGCUUGAAAGAGAGCUUAAAGAGGCUGGAAUUAGGCUCCUGGGCUUGGAAUCAUUAGAUGUUGCUACAGUGCAAGACCUCCUCAACAGUCUUGAUCAAGUAGAUGGUCUUUUAUCCAAGGUUGAACAGGCACCAUCUAGAUCCAUGCAAGAUGCACUAUACCCCUCAAUGAAGGCACUCAUUUCUGAUCAGUUACUGAAGCAUUCUGAUAUUGAUGUGAAAGUUUCCGUUGCAUCUUGCAUGAGUGAGCUUACAAGAAUAACUGCGCCAGACGCACCUUAUGAUGAUGUUCAAAUGAAGGAAAUUUUUCGACUGACUGUAACGGCACUUGGAAUGUUGUCUAGCGAAGCUAGUCGCGGUUAUAAUAAGGCACUUCAUAUUCUUGAGACUCUUUCAAAAGUCAGGGCAUGCUUGUUGAUGCUGGACCUUGAAUGUGAUCAAUUAAUUGCUGACAUGUUCAAUCUAUUCCUGAGGAUCAUUAGGUACAUCCCCCUCCCUGUUGUCUUUAGACAAAUGGAAUACAUCAUGACCUUGACCAUAGAAGAAAGUGAAGAAAUUCCAGAAGAGCUUCUAAGUAUUCUUCUUACUAGCGUCACUAAGAAGAAAGCGGAUCAGAGUGUCUUUUCCCGCUCUUGGAAGUUGGGAGAGAAGGUUUUAAGGAACUGUGCUGUUGAACUCCAGCAUUGCCUCCCAAAGGUGAUCAGAUCAAGGAACCUGAAUAUUAAUGAUUUUUCUGAUGUAGUAGCUUCCAUAUGUGAGAACUCUCCUGGAGAUGAACUUGAGGUGGCCACUCCAUCUGCUAUAUUACAAUCAGGGAUUGAUAUGACUGAAGGCCUUCGUCAAGAAAGGACUAAUGGAAUUGUGAGGGGAACGGCUACUUUGAAAGCAUUAGAUAACCAUCAUCCGGUCAAGCAACUGAAUAUUACAGAAGCUGGAAGGCAUUUGCAGCCUGAAAAUUCAGAUGCAACAGGAACACUGCAAGCAAAAACAGUAAAUCCUCCAAAGAAAAGGGGAAGAAAACCUGGUUCUCUGCAAAAACCAAAAGUUGGAUGUCAGAAUUCUAUGUCUGGUGAGAGAAGAGAAUCUUACAAAGGACCUGGUUCCCAGCAUGCCCAUACUGAUGGAAGCCAGCCUACAAAGCUUCGGCGCAACAAAAAAUUUAGAGUACUUAAUCAUUGUCAGGAAACUGCUGCUAAGACUAAUGCCAAAACAAAUCACUCUCCCGGUAAUAUAGUCGUUAAGAAGGAAUCUGAUGAUUCAGGAGAAUACAUCGAGAAGGAUUCAAGAAUUCCACAUGGUAUCAAUGAGAAAUUGGUUGGUCGCAGAGUAAAGGUUUGGUGGCCAUUGGAUCAAAUGUUUUAUGAAGGUGCUGUUGCUUCUUUCGACUCCUUAACACAGAUGCACAAGGUAUUAUACGCAGAUGGUGACGAAGAAACAUUGAAUUUGAGUAAUGAGCGGUGGGAACUGCUGGAGGAAGAACAUGCUCCUGCUGCAUCUCAUAAAUCCCUGAAGAAGAAGGCAAAAACAAAGUCAGCAUCUUUGGGAAAACCAGGCAUCAUCUCUUCAGCAAAAGGGCCUAGAGUUGCCGACAAAUCCAACACUGAAGCUCCGAAAUCUGGCAGUUCUGUUGAUGAUUUUGCACCUGAAGCUGUUCGCAUUGCUGAUGUAACCAAGGAUGAUGUUAGUAAAGUAGAUCCUACACUGAAAGAUGACAAGCAAAAAUCUUCUAGCAGAGAAGAUGUUUCCAAGGCUAAUGUCCUCCGCAUUGCUGAUAUGGCAACAAACAGCAUUACUGUAAAUCCCAACACAAAGGAUGACAAACACAAGCUUAAUAGCGAGAAAGAGAUCACAACGCAGAUGAUUAUUGCAAAGCCUAAGCCUCACACUUUUGUAGAAGUUGGUGGCGAGAGUAUAAUCCAUACUCCUCUGACAGUGAAAGAUAAAUCACCUCCUACAAAACUAAGCGAAGAAAUGGUGAUGGGAAUAUUGCCAGAUACAGGUAAUGCAGAAGGAAGCGAUUCUGGCGUUGUCAAAAAGAGACGACGAUUAGUGAGUGGCGAAGGACUCACUCCAUAACAUAGAUCAGUUUAAAUAUAUAAUGAGCAAGUUUUGUAAGCGAGCAUGUUGAAGUGUCUAAACUUGACUUACAGUUCUGCAAUGCGAUUGCAGUGAGGUACCGAAACGUGCACCAAGUGGUGUAAGAUCUGUUAAACGUCAAGUACUGUAAGUUCUGUUUAACUUUGUCUCAAUUAUGAAAUGUUUAUACUGCUAGGUAACUUUUUUGCCCCA